AUGGCCGGCUGGGCCGUCUCUGAGGUCUCGCCUACAGCCUUUGCCUGCAAGUGGGGCAAUGGCCGCGCUCGACCGGAGGAGGUUGCCUGGGCGGUGUCCCAGGGCACCCUGCCAGGAGUGCCAGCCUCGAUCCGCGCCAAGAUCACAAAUAUGACCCUGGUGUCGGCCACCGACUUCACUGCGUACCCCGAGGGGUCGCCGCGGCACCCCUCAUACCCAGCAAUGCACUCCGCCGCCUCCUCCGCCGCCCUCUGGGUCGCCGUCAUGAUGGACCUGUCGCGGGCGCAGCUGGCUGACGCCCGUCGCCUGGACUGGGCUGUCUCCCGCUUCCGGACGCUAGCAGGCGUGCACUACGACUCGGACAACCGGGUCGGUCUGUCCAUUGGCCAGGAGGUGAUUGCGCGUCGCCUGCCCGACUUCCUCGCUCAGUUUGGGGCCGACCGUGACGCGGUGCGUCGCAAGAUUGAGCAGGUGCGCACCGACUGGUCGACGUACACUGGUUUCGAGUGA